AGACAUAUGCGUCAAUCUGAAUUAAAUUAAUUUAAUGGACUAUGACAUUCAAUUAGUAAGAAUGUGAUUAAAUGUUUUUUCACAGCUGACAUGAACAUAUUCUGCUACAAAAGAAACGGGUUUAAAAAUAUAAGUCAACACUGACCUUUUAAUUCAACCGUUUACGACGCGUGAAAAGGGCGCGCGGGAAGAAUGCUGCCAUCGGAUUGCACGUAUCCCUCUCUGGAAGAGAUUGAGGGAACUGAGGAUCUUUUAGAUUUUGUAACGAUAGCGGAGGAAAACCACGUGGACUAUACUGGUCUGGAGUCGGUCCCGGAGCUGAAAGAGAGGCUGGUGCUAGAGUACUGGCGACGUAAAGGACGCAGACUUCAUGUGGAGAUCAGCGAGUCCAUGGCUCGUGAUGGCAAGGAAGACAAAACUAAGCGACAACAAUUGAUCGAGAUGUUCCAGAAACUGCUGCAGAUAGUUCAGCCCUCCGAUGAGUCCCACAAUCAAAAGUUCGUGAACGACUUUCUCUCCAGCGACGGAACAACGGAUAACAUUCUGGAAGACUGCAACAAGCGCAUUCGCGAGUUGGGAAAAGACGAGGCGGUCCUGCUGGUAGCAGGUGAAACAAAUGCAGGUAAAACAAGUUUCUUGAACCUGCUGUUUGGGAUGGAUAUUCUCAAAGUUAGCGCGCUGUCGUGCACCUCCCUUAUCACCUCUGUACGAUACGGCCCGAGGCAACUGUUCAAGGUCAUCUACAAGGACCAAAGCAAGCCCAUUUUUGAGACGGAAAGCCUCGAUACGUUUCACAAUAUCGCAUUUCCUCGUGGGAAAGAGAGGGAGAUAGAUCACGGAGUGAAGGAAGCACGAGUCUAUUUGCCAUUAGAUAUUCUUAAGGUAAUACACAUGUCAUUUAUGUUCAAGCAUAAUGAACCUUAA